AUGGGUCUCCACGGCCCCCUGGAGGUCCUCUCGCAGGGCGCUGUGGAGAACUGGGCGUCGGGCCGCGACGACUGCGUGCAGCACUUCGAGCAGCAGUGCGGCGGAGACUGCCAGUGGGGAGAGGAUCUGUUCCUGGACCAGUGCCUGCAGUACUUGAGGGCCUACCGCGUGGACGACUUCGAGCAGCUGAUCGAGGACCACUGCGCGCCGCCGCCGAACUGGGACUCCUGCCUGGACGAUCGCAAGACGAUCGCGGCCUUCCACCCCUUCAAGACGCGGGACGCGUACGACGCGUGCAUGAACAACGCCCUCUCGCCGCCCCGGUGA